AUGUCUCCUGAACGUAUCGAUUCACGAAAGCGCCCCAAUCGCCUAGAAGAGGCUAUUACCAACCCGGGUGCAGUCAAGAUUAAUGUGAAAGGCGCGUUCAUUGUCGACGACGAGCCACGAUCCCGGAGUCCCGUCGAAGCAGAAGGCGUACACUAUGAGAAUAAGGAUAUCCGACUUCCACACCAUACCGGUGUGGUGAGCCAUGUCGCUGUCGAUAUUGGCGGAACACUUGCGAAGCUAGUGUACUUUACUCGCGAGCUCAAUUCGGAGGAUAACGGCGGUCGACUGAAUUUCCUCAAUUUCGAAACUCAUCGGAUCGACCUAUGCAUUAAUUUCAUCCGACAGCUGAAGGAGGAACAUGAGAAGCGGAACAGCUCCAAGCGGGACGAAUUGUGUGUGGUAGCGACCGGGGGAGGGGCAUACAAGUACUAUGACCGGCUGAGAGAGGAGUUGGGGGUGAAUAUCUUGCGAGAGGAGGAGAUGGAAUGCUUGAUCAUUGGCCUGGAUUUCUUCAUUACGGAAAUUCCCAAUGAAGUCUUCACCUAUAGCGAUGCCGACGCGGAGCCGAUGCAAUAUGCCGAGGCUCGGCCCGACGUCUACCCAUACCUCCUGGUCAACAUCGGUUCGGGUGUCUCCAUGAUUAAAGUGUCCGGUCCGAAACAAUUCGAGCGUGUUGGUGGUACACAUCUGGGAGGGGGAACUUUCUGGGGUAUCAUGUCAUUAUUGACGGGAUCCCGAACCUUUGACGAUAUGCUGGCCAUGGCCGACCGCGGAGAUAACAGUGCAGUGGAUAUGCUCGUGGGAGAUAUUUAUGGCAUGGAUUACACCAAAAUUGGACUGAAGAGCACCGCCAUCGCGAGUACCUUUGGCAAGGUGCUCCGAUUGAAGAAUGACGCCGAGCAAGGGGCCGAAGAUGGCGAAGGGUUGAUCCACGGCGAUCCAAAUGAGCCCAGCCAUGGCCCCAAGCCCAACCCGGAAGACAUGAGCCGGAGUCUGCUUUAUGCCAUCAGUAAUAAUAUCGGCCAGAUCGCCUAUCUGCAGUCGGAGAAGCACAGCGUGAAGCACAUCUACUUCGGCGGGUCCUUCAUCCGGGGCCACCGACAAACCAUGAACACGCUCUCAUAUGCCAUCCGCUUCUGGUCCAAGGGCGAGAAGCAGGCUUAUUUCCUGCGUCACGAGGGCUACCUCGGCGCCGUGGGAGCCUUCAUUCAACGGCAGCCACAGAACUGGGGUCGCCGCAACAGCGUUGACGACGUGGUCGCACCGCAGGCGGUCAGGAACCUCGUUCAAAAUAAUGUUCUCAAUCAUCACAGCAGGUCCUCCAGUGAUUUAUGA